GCAGUUUGUUUACAAGGUGCGAGGUCGGAGGAGGUCGUCUGCUUCCUCUCGACAUGACCUCCGUGAUAACACUUCCCUCAGAGUAGAAAAAUAUAGCCAAAGAUGGAUCAGUCUCCAGUGCCCCCGACUACCUGUUACUCAGUUGUGAAUGUACAAAAUUUUAGUGAAGAGAAUGGUACAGCGGAGAUUGUUUCCUCAAGUGAGAUAACCAUGAAGAUUGAGAACAUAUCUGAAGAGAAUCUCAUCCAAGAAUGUCUGGCCAUUGACGGCCUCGAAAAUGACGGCGAGCUCACAACUAUCAAGGAGGAUGUGGAGGACAGCGAUAAAUACAGCAAUGAAGAAAAUGUCGGCGAGGGCUCGGACAGUUCUCGGCGACUCUUAAGACGGAAAAAGGGGAAGAGACCAAGGAAGACCUAUGAAAAAAUACAGCGAUUAACCAGAAUUUACACAUGCGUGGACUGUCCUGAGACAUUUUCACGCCUCAGUCAGUUACGAGCUCAUUCUAGGGUACACACAGAAGAUCAGACUGAGAAAUAUGACUGUGAUCUGUGCGAGGAAGUCUUCGACAGGUUAAAGCGCUUGAUGUCCCACCGCAAAAAGCACCAUCGCGCAAGCCUGUCAUGCAAAAUGUGUUCCAGCAAAUUCACACAUUAUGCUAGCUACAGAAUACACAUGAGAGUCCAUAAAGGGGAGAAGCCUUACGUGUGCCAGGAGUGCGGUGCAGCUUUUGUUCAAAGUGGGCAUCUAAAUAUACACAAGAGGACCCACACAGGUGAAAAGCCAUAUACGUGUGACAUUUGCAAUAGUAAUUUCAAACAGAUAUCUCACCUCAAAACUCAUGUUCGAACUCACACACAAGAUAAACCCUAUCAGUGUGAUCAGUGUGAGGCAUCAUUCACACAAAAUAGUAGUCUGAAAAGGCACAGGCGAUCUCACACUGGGGAGAAACCUUACAAAUGUGCUUUCUGUGAUAUGACCUUUGUAGUAAAGAGCAAUAUGCAAAGACAUUUAUAUACACAUACCGGUGAAAAGCCGUACCAGUGCGACUUGUGUCCAGCCUCCUUUGGACAAGCUAUAGACUUAAAGAGGCACAAAAUUAGCCAUACAGGUAUUAAGCCAUUUAAGUGUGACCGUUGCGAUGCAGCUUUCAGUCGUAAAAAUAAUCUCAAGUGGCAUCAGAUGACCCAUAAUGGAAAUACUCCAUUUAGAUGUGAAGUUUGUCAGGUUGGGUUUUCCUCGCCGGGGGAUCUCAAAGUACACAAAAGAAUACAUGCCCCACCGAAACCGUUUCGCUGCGAGUUGUGUCCAGCGUCUUUCCAGCAGUUCAGUUCCCUCACACGUCAUAAAAUGAUUCACACUGGUGAGAGGCCUUUGCGCAAGAAGCCAGAAAACAAGCCUGGAUCUUUCAAAGAAACUGGUAUUAAACCGUAUGCAUGUGAGAUUUGUAAUGCAACUUUCUGUGAGAAAAGAAAUCUUAAAAGACAUAUCAUAUCAUUACAUGAUAAUGUUCGGAAACUUGGGGGUGGUUCAGUUGCCGAUUCUGAUUUGAAGGAAGACGGAAUACUUGAAAAGUUUAUUAAAGUUCAACAGCCUGCUCAGGUGAAGAAAAAACCCGCAGAGCAAAUUACAUACACCAUAAAUUACCAAAAUCCCGUUGUCAUUACCCAGCCAGAACAGCAGCAGUUACAGCAGCCGGAAGCACAGCAAGAAAUACAGCAGCAGAGCAUCACCCUUCAGCACGUUGUCAUCCAGCAGCCCCUGAACAGCGAGGAAUCUGUAAGCGGAACGCAGACCAUUACUCAAAUGCCACAGCUGAUGCUCGCCCAGGGCCCGGGCCAACCACCCAAGCCGGCAAAACUGGCGAACAACUGCCAGAACCACCAUGCUCAUGUUCUCACCUUCAUCGAGGGGAGCUACAAUCAGUGGCAAACGUGGUGUUUCUGUGACCCCCCUAACAUAGUAGACCAGUCUAGUCAAAUUAUCAGCACCGUCCCUGCGGCCAGUGCCAUAAUUGCCACACCACCAUCCACUGUCGUCCCGCCAGAUUCCUCUUCCUCCUCCCCAGCCACAGUCACCUCUGCUGUUGCAGUGUCCUCGAUUGCCAACUCACAGUGCACCAACGUUGAGCAGCUGGAAGGCCAGAUCAUCCCUGCACAAAUACAGGUUCAGCUCCCUGUCGGUAAUACUCAAGCAGGUGGAGUGAUUAGAGAAGAUGUACUUAGGGGAUGGCUUGGUGGCUGGAAUAAAUGUUAAUAUGUAUAGCUGGUAGAUAUUUAUUGAAUUUUACAAAGUAUAGGAUAUUUUAUUGAUUUAUAUCAGAUGAUUUAUGAUAAAGUUUGUAAGUUACAGAGUGUAAAUGAUUUUUUUUUUUAAAGAAUUUAAGUAAUUUUGGGUCGAACUCUUGUUCACUAUGUUGAAUUAAAUUCAGUCUGAACCAAAAUUGAUGUGCAUAAGCACAUUACAAAUUACACAUUCAGUUUUAAUAGUUAUAAUCAGACUAGUUAUGUUUCCAUGUAAUACACACAAGUAGACUGAUAUAUAGGCAUGAAGGCAGGUAGACAUACAAACAGAAACAGAAAAAUAUUACUUGUGUGUAUGUAUGUGUAUAUGAUGUGCGCAGUGUGUGUUUAUAUGUUUCUUUCUGCAUUGACCGUAGAUUUGGAAAGUAAACAAAAUUAUAAAGUUUAAAACAUGUGCAUUCCAUGUAUAAUGGAUGUUAAGGAGCCACAUUCCCAGCCAGUGAAAAGUUAAUCAUCAUUUCAGCCUAGAUGUCAUGACCCACACUUCUUAAUCUAGUUGACAAUGAUUUAAUUGUAGAAAGCAAAUAUCAGAUAGUCAUAUGAAGGGCAGACUGGAAAUUCUCCAAACUUUAGGUAACUUACGUAGGGAAUCUCGAGAGGAUCAAAUUGUCCAGUGCUUUGCCAGUUUCCGAAAAUUUGAUUCUUGUAUCCGUCAGAAGUAAUAGCUAUGUAUUAUGGACGGGAUACAUGAAACCAUUAACUUCCUUCAGUGUACAAACAACCUCUCCUUGUUUCCUCAGCUGUGUUGAUUAUCUAUCUUUCUGAAGCGUGUAACCUCUUUGAAGAUCUGUAUAACCUUAUCACGUGCAAGAUCUCAUUAUUUUGUUCUAUAUAAAUAGCACAAAAUAUAUUAAUAUAUGUAUUGCUUCCAUGAAUCAGAUACCCCCUACUACUGUUACCUGCACAACUGAUAUAUAUUUUCAUUGGAUAUUUUGUACUCAUUCAUCUAGAUAACUAACUAUUACAAUAUAUAUGAAUUGUAUUUGUGUUAUGGGUGUUGUUUUUGUACUGUGGUUUGCUGCCACUUACAUUUGAUAGUGUUGUGUAGUGAUAAUAUGGUGUCAGGAAGCUUGUAGUGCUUUUUAUAUCACAACUAGUAAGAAGGGGUGUGAUGCAGUAGGUCAGGACUUCACUGUUUUAUGUAGUUGAAAUAAUGUUUGUUUACAGUUUACAGGAUUUAUCAAAUAUCAAAAUGUAGAGAAGAUAUAUAUAUAUAUAUAUAUACAGUAUAUGUAUGUACAUGUGUAUAUAAGAAAUUAGUUUUUUUUCUGCAUUUUCCGUUGAGUUAGUGGAGAUUUGUAUCCAACAUUUAUCCUAGAUUGCAGGGAGAGAUAUGAAUCUCUUAAAAAAAUAUAUAUAUAUAUGUAUAUACAUAUGUCGGCUACGGGCAGGUCUAUCUUUGCUUCAUGAAGUAGCUUGUCAGUGAUGGUUAUCUGUAUGUUCUCUCCAGGUUCAUGCCAUAACCAAACCCAAAAGAGUUGAGUUACUAGUUAAUAACUUUCUAUAUUUAUAUAUUUGUUUUGUUCUUAUUGGCUUAUAGUGCUGUAUGACCUCGAUGUCUAGCACAUGUACUUGUUUUAACCAUUGACCAUUUAUCGGCUUGCAACAUGAGAAUCCACAUAUUCACAUGAAAAGAGUAGUUGUGAGUGUCUCUUCUUAAUGCACAUAACAGAAUUUGUAAAAAGUCAAUUAGACUGAAACAUUGCAGUCAAUUAGAGAUGGUGUAUAAUGGUUUCAGAUAUACAGAAAUGUUAUAAUAUGAACAAAAGGAAGAUUAUUAGAAGUAAUGGAUCAUGAAGGUGGAACUUAAUAGUACAUUUACUUAUCAACACAGGCAAGAAAUUACAGACAGAGUGUAUUCUUGCAAUAUUUCAUGUAGUUGAUGUCAUUCAUAAUCAAAUGCAUAAUCUUUGGCAGAAUAUGUUUGGCAUACUUCUUGAAUGUUAAAAAUGUUAUUGUUGUUAUUUUCUCACUUUUAUUGUAAUGUUUUUCAUCAUGAUCAUUACUGCCAUUCAUAACAAUCAUAAUUUUCAUUCAUUACCAUCAUCAGUGUCAUUCUCAUAAUCUUCAUUGGGAUAUUUAGUUACCUCUCUACCUUCGCCUUUUCACCGUUUUCAGCAUCAUCCACUCAUUGAUCAUUAUAUUAGAAAGAUAAUUUUUAUGUUACAUUGUAAAAUAAAUUGUGUUAAUGCAUCAGGCCAUAUUCAUAUGGACGCUCAGUUUUAAAGUUGAUAAUGUUUUGUAAAGAUUUACAAAUUGUUGUAUCUGGGAAUAAGUUGUAGCCAUGAGAUGUGAAAAAAAUAGUUGUAUGAUUGGCAGUUAUGUUACGAAAAUAGUAAUUAAGGAAAUGUCUUAAUUGGUUAUAUUGGUUGACAAUAUGUUGCUGUUCAUAUUAAUUGACCAAGUUAUGAAAUAAAUUACAUAUGCGGAUCAUAGAUUACAUGGAUGAUGGAUGUAUGAGUAUAAUAAUACUGUAUUUAGAACUUAGUGAUAAUGACUUGGGGAAAAAAAUAUAUAAGCUUAUGUUUUUUACACGGAUAUGUAGGUGCUUUUUUAUGUUAGUUUUAUAAAGGGAACUAAGAUUUAUCACACUGAAGUUGCAUUUGAAGGCAAGUCAUUUUUCAUAUGACAUGUGAGAUUGGACUAGCCAGUCUCCAUGCAUUGCUCAUAACUGCCAGCAUUAUUAUAGAAGAAAUGUUUGAAGGAUAAAGCAUUUAUUACAAUUCUGGAAUUUAUUCGUCAAAAUCCAGUACCUAUAUGGGAUGGUUUAUCAGUCGUAAAAUUCUGACAACAGAAGGAAUCCGCGAAUGCAUUUGACAGAGUUGGAAAGUGAUGUUUAUAAUGUUGUUAGCCAAGACCAAACUGUAUCAAAAACCCCGUAGGAAUCUCCAUGACUCAAAAGGCAUCUUGUAGUCGUAAGGUUACUCAGAUAAUCCUGCCAAGAUUUUUGUAACAAUUUUAUUGUUUAGAAGCAUUACUUGAAUGUGUAGAUGCAGUUGUUGUAACAAUGUUGUACGUGGCCAUUUGCUGUUUACUGUUAGGGAUAUCUGUGGUUAAUUUUAUCGGAAGCUGAGUAGAAUAAGCCUGAAGCAGUGAUUCAUUGCGAAAUGUGUAAGUUUGGAAAAAAAACAGACGUGGUAACACAGAGUUUGUUGUAGAGAAAAGUACAAUUGGUCUUAAAAUGAUUCAGAAAAUAUCCAAAGUUCAUUCCAUUUAUAUAUAGAGACAUAACAGUCAUCAUCAAAAUCAUAAGAACACGUUUUGUUUAUUUCUCUUUCCUCCUGUCAGGCAUUAGAAGCAGUGACAGUGCUCUUGUGGUCACUUUCUUUUCCUUUUGUCUUUUCUUUAAUGUAAUUUACAGCAUUAGACAUACAGUAUGUACCUGCACAUUAUACACACCAUCAUAAUCGUUCAUAACAUGAUCAUUCACUUGCGGAAAUGCACACUUUUAUUCAGUUUCAUUUGCUUCAUAUCAACUCAUUCGCAUUUUCAUCCACACUCGUACUCAUGUACUCAAAGAUUUCACACAUUCUUAUUCAUAUACAACUGUCACUUACAUUUACCUAAUACUCUUGUCAUUAACAGUUGCUCACAGUGUGUUUACAUUCAUUCUCACUCUCACGUUCUUCAUGCCAAGUCCAACAUAUACACAUACACAUACUUACCACCAACACCAGUGCAAACCUACACCAAUGUUUCACACAUACACACAAACGCACACAUGCACAUGCACACACUCUCUCUCUCUCUCUCUUUCUCUCUCUCUCUCUCUCUCUCUCUCUCUCUCCUCU